AUGCCGUACUUGCAAGGCAAGCUUCAGCGUCGAUUCUACGAGCCGCUCGUUCUGCUGCUAGCACUUACUCAGGCCUGCAUGCACAACCACGCCCCCAGAGCUCCGGACCCACUGCCUGAUGUACCGUCUCACUCACCGGCAGAGCUAUUCAAAGACUUCAUCAACAAGUUGUGUCAGAUUUGCGACAACAAGCAAGGUGGAAGCGCGGUGACUGCGAUCUCUGCACUUCAAUAUCCAGACCGUUUGCAGUAUCGCUUCGCAUCAAAUCAGAGGUCCGAGAACGACCUUUUGAAAGUGAAGAGCUACCUUCAAAGCAUUGUUGAGACGCUCAGAGACUAUACUGUGGCCUCUUCACUUCGUGUCAAGGCCUCCGUUUUGCGGCAAAUUGUUGCAUUCAACCGACCGAGACUGCAGUGCUAUGUCAGAAAUCUGUACUCCCAGACUCAGAUAUGCCUGGAAACACCUGGGAUCUCGCCGGAGCUGUCUGACAAAAUCAGUGAGCUUCGGGACUUGGCCUUGAAGGCGGACAAUCGAGAACUCGAAGAGAGUAAAUUCUUUCGUAAUUGUACGGAUCUCAUGAUCUUCAUCAAGAUUCUCUCGAAGUCUCCCGCAUACAAGAGCCUCCAAGAGAAAGCUGUCUCGAAUACUGGCGAGCGUUCUUCAUGGGCUGAGCUGCGUCAUGCUGCUGGAAGGCUGCUGUCAUAUCUCCAAGCGGCGAAUACUCUUAUCGAAGCUCGAAAGAAAUGGGAAUGUCUGUUCCACGACUUUGAAGUAGACUAUGUCCGCUCAUCAACCCUGCUCAGCAACCCCAUCAACGACAAGAAAGUCACUGCAGAGGCAAUCAUUGGCCGGAUGACCGGAGAUGCUACCAAAAUGCAGGCAUAUAGGGCCGACGCAGAGGAGCUUCAGAAAUUCGAUCUCGAUCUGAAAAUCAAGGACCAGGUCACUAAGUCUUCUUUCAAGCCCCUCGUCCAUGCCGAGGUACUGGUCCACCAAUCCAUCCUGGAUGAGUCUGGUCCGACUGGUCUACGCUCAUCUCAGUUCUUCAACGGGUACAAAUACAUCGGGUCUAGCAAGCCGACAUGCCGCCUCUGUGAUUACUAUUUCACGGCAUCCGCCAGCGGCAUCGAGGUGCGCGAAACCCAUCGCAACCUCUACGUCAGCUGGCGAGCCCCAGACGUUUACGCCGACCAGGGAGAAGCAGCCAUAAAACAGAGGAAGCAGGUCAUCAUGAAGGUGCUCGACAGGGUUCGAGAAGACACCUUCCGCACGCUGUCUGAGAAGGUCCCGGAAAGAAAGCAGCAUGACUCUAACACAGACCCGACCUUCCCUACAUGGAACCCCGGAACCAGUGUUGGAUUCGACGGCGGUGGUCGUGACGCGGACUUGGAUGAUGUAGCGGCGUCAAUGUGCCAGCUCGAUCUGCGCGAUUCUUCUGGAGAGGCACAAGAGGUGCGACCUGAGUCUCCGUCCAGGGCUUCUGCAUCUGGCUUUGAUGCAGACGAUGACGAGGGAGGGGCUCGACUUUCGUAA